AUGUCAGAAGUCAAUAAUUGGAACGAGAGAUUAUUUGGCUGUUUCGAUGAUUGUGGCAUCUGCUGCUACGGAGAAAAAUUACGAAAAAUGUAUGGCCUUCGAGAAGACCCGAAAUGUGGUGAUGUUCCAGCAACACUGUGUUGUAGUUCAUGUGCACUUUGUCAAGAAGCUCGUGAGAUGAAAUCCAGAGGUCACUAUGCCGGCAAGAGUCAAGAUACAUAUUACAUGGCUAGAAGUGCUCCUGUUUCUUCUCAACCAACAUACAUUAGGAAGCUUCCGCAAGAUAUAUACGAAUCACGCGCAUUUUAA